CGUGGCGGUGGGACUUGUACGCGGCAGCAGGAAGUGAUCUAGUGGUCGCGCUCCCUCACUCGGGGUCACAAAUCGCCCGUGUGGAUUAUCGGCGCAAGGAGAGUGCAGGAUUCCUAUUGUUAACUAUAAAACACUACGCCGAGACGCUCAUCGCACCUGGCAAGGAACAGCGACAAAUAAGUUAUCAAAAUGGCAGCGAUGAGCCGCGGCCUGGCCACUGCGCUCCUCCUGGCCACCGCGCUGUGCUGCCUGGCUCAGGGACAGCACGGAAUCGCCGAGUCCAGGUCCCUUCGCGUCCAGGGUGACCUCGAUACGCAUGGGUUCCACGGUGUCCAGAGAUUUCGGCAACUGCUGAAGAUUCACGAGAACCGCCAUAAUCUUCCCGGGGGCGUGAUACUUGCGCGUCCACCUCAGGCGCCGACGACCCAUCCCGCCGCCCACGAGUUUUUCACGACUCCAGCCCUAUCAUUCCCUGUAAACUCGUCCAGUCUUACACGACCUUCCGCGGCAGACACGCCCCUCCCUCCUCUUGAACAUCACCACCAUGAGGCGCAGGGAUCUCUAGGACUCUCGCCCGCCCUCGAGUCGCCAACACUCCUGGAUCAUUCCGAAGCUUCUCCGCCAACCACGUCUCCACAUGGCGUGCCUCAGACAUCCCAGCCUGCCCAGUCACCCCCCGGAUCGCAGGUGCCUUCACAUUCCUUGCCUCACUUCGAGUCUACAAGAGUGGCCCGGCCAGCGCCCGAGGCCCCGAGAGUGCCCGAGAUUCCGGCCCAUCUGCCCCUCGACCUAGUCAGCCGCCUCAAGGAGUACCCCACCCUGGAGGAGUCCCUCAAUCAAGCGCCUUUACCGGCCUCCAUGCACACCUUCUUCGAACCAACAAUACAGGUCAGGGCUGAGGAGGUCAGUGACGAGGAGUGGGGUCAGUACCUGGAGAGCGAGUGGGAGAGCCAUGGCAUCGUGCCCUCCUUCCUGCCCCGCCCCCCUCCGUUCCUCAUCAACGUGAACUAUGGCGACCACUUGUGCGUGCACUUGGGUUCACUUAUUACGCCGGCCCAGGCAAGACACCAACCCAAGACUCUGCAAUUCCCGGGAGAGACGGGUCGGUAUUACGCCCUUCUGCUGUUGGACCUGGACCACCCUUCGAAGCCCUACGUCAACUGGAUGCUGGUCAAUAUCCCUCACAAGCAGCCACAGAAGGGUACGGAGGUGGUGCAGUACGACCCCCCACGACCUGCUCAGGGAUCGGGUUCUCAUCGUGUGGUGUUCCUGCUGUUCCUCCAGCAGGCCGCUAUCCCUCCUGACGACCCUGCGCUUCCCAAGGCCAGGUCGUGUCAGAUAUCCGGUCGUGAUGUCGUGGAUCUGGACGCGAUGUCACGUGACCUGGGGCUGAAGGGUCCUGUGGCAGGGAACUAUUUCCUGGCCGAGUGGGACGUCACGGUCGAACACAGCUGCACUCCGCCUCGCCAGUAGUGCACUCGCGCCCGCACCUGCUUACAGUUCGUCCAGCUUACUUGCCUGUCUACAAGAAUCGCCUAAUCACACCAGAGAUGCAAAGGGCAGUUGAGCAACACGCUGUUGCACCCACUUCUCUACGUCACAGCUGGUGGCAUCGUCAACGCUCCUCACCGACGCCCUUGCCCAGCUGCAGUGUAGGCGUUGUCUCGGGAACUCCAAUGUUUAAAAGUUCUAUCGAAUCCCAUUCUGAUGGAAUUUAACUAAAUAAUGAAUUCAUAGUUGGAGUAAUUAGUUUUAAAAGCUGGCAAUGUAACGAUUUCCACGGUGGGUACAAAUUAUAUCAAAAAUGAAUAAUCUAGUCUUAUCAUACACAAUUAUAUUGUAAAAACAAACAAUUACAAUUACAUAGAUUAACCCAAAUAAAAAAUAUAUAUAUAUGCAAAUAUACAUAAGAUUAAUUCCUUAAUUCUAUC